AUGCCUCGAGCCCUCAACGCCGACGAUGAUGAUGACGAUGACACCGUCUCAACGGCCUCCUGGUCAACGGUGGCGUCGAGCACAACGGUUGGCGGAGCCAGCCUUCUUUCUGGUGUCACGACCUCUUCUGCCGUGGGCAAGAAGCCCUGGCGACAACUCUCCGCUGUCAAAAAGAUCGGCGAGGUGGAGAUGGGGAAAGUGGGAGCAAUGGGUGUGGGGCGCAAUCGUAAGAAGAAGGAGAAGCUACGACGCGUCUACGCCAACCUCGAUCGGCACGAGGUGGAGUGA